CGUGUUUUUCUACAGCCAUGGCGGACAUGCAGAUGAAGAUUCUCCGCAAGAAAAUACAGAAAAGAAAUGAUAAAAACAAACAACGUAAAUUGCUCAAAGAACAGAGGCAAGAAGACAACGAUGAAGAGCCGAAUUUUGUGCUGAAAGAGUCUGAAGUGACCAGUGAUGCUGCUCAGAAAGUCACUGAAGAGAACAAAACCUCACAGAAAAUCAAGAAGAUGAAGAAAAGAAAAUUGGAUGGUACUGGAGACACGACAUCCAGUGUGAAAAAGGUCAAGAAGCUGGGUGAAGAUGAAACAGCAACAUCAGAGGGAGACGAGGAGCAACAAAAUCACAAAAAACAGGAGGAAAAGGAAUGCGGAGAGGCUGUGAAGUUGCUAGAGAAUGGAAAUGUAGAAAAAGAGGGAUCAGCAGAGGAGGAGGAGGAGGAGGAGGAGGAGGAGGAGGAAGAUGAUGUUGGACUUCCAUCUGGACUGACAGGUGCAUUUGAGGACAGGUCUUUUGCAUCUUUGGAAGAGGUGGUAAGUGAGAAUACACUGAAGGGAGUGAAGGAAAUGGGCUUUGACACCAUGACUGAGAUCCAGCACAAGACCAUACGCCCUCUGCUGGAAGGGAGAGAUGUGUUGGCUGCAGCUAAAACAGGAAGUGGCAAAACUCUGGCUUUCCUGAUUCCCUCCAUUGAGCUCAUCUACAAACUCAAAUUCAUGCCCAGGAAUGGAACUGGAGUGAUCAUUCUGUCUCCUACUCGUGAGUUGGCCAUGCAAACAUAUGGCGUGCUGAAGGAGCUGAUUACUCAUCACGUGCACACUUACGGCCUCAUCAUGGGCGGCAGCAAUCGCUCAGCCGAAGCACAGAAACUUGCUAAUGGAGUCAAUAUCCUCGUUGCCACACCUGGCAGACUUCUUGAUCACCUGCAGAACACACCCGGAUUCAUGUUUAAAAACCUUCAGUGUCUGAUCAUUGAUGAGGCUGACAGGAUUCUAGAGGUGGGCUUCGAGGAGGAGCUCAAGCAGAUCAUCAAACUACUGCCGAAAAAAAGGCAAACCAUGUUGUUUUCCGCAACGCAGACACGUAAAGUGGAGGAUCUUGCGCGAAUAUCCCUCAAGAAAGAGCCCCUGUAUGUGGGGGUGGAUGACAACAAAGACACAGCCACUGUGGAAGGACUUGAGCAGGGUUAUGUUGUAUGCCCAUCUGAGAAGCGGUUCCUGCUACUCUUUACGUUUCUGAAGAAGAACCGAAAGAAGAAGCUGAUGGUGUUCUUUUCGUCCUGCAUGUCUGUGAAGUAUCACUAUGAGCUACUUAACUACAUUGAUCUGCCUGUCAUGGCCAUUCACGGGAAGCAGAAACAGACGAAGAGAACCACAACGUUUUUCCAGUUCUGUAACGCAGACUCUGGAAUUCUCCUCUGUACUGACGUGGCUGCCAGAGGUCUUGAUAUCCCAGAGGUGGACUGGAUUGUUCAGUAUGACCCUCCUGAUGAUCCAAAGGAGUACAUCCACCGUGUUGGGCGAACAGCUCGCGGUAUUAACGGCAGAGGACACGCCCUCCUGAUCCUGAGACCAGAGGAGCUCGGCUUCUUGCGAUUCCUCAAACAGGCCAAAGUUCCCUUGAGUGAGUUUGAGUUCUCCUGGAGUAAAAUAUCUGAUAUUCAAUCUCAGUUGGAGAAGCUGAUAGAGAAGAACUACUACCUACACAAAUCUGCUCAGGAGGCCUACAAAUCCUAUGUCAGGGCCUACGACUCUCAUUCCCUCAAACAGAUCUAUAACGUAGAGACACUCAACCUCCCCAAGGUGGCCAUGUCCUUCGGAUUUAAAGUGCCGCCCUUUGUGGACCUCAAUGUUCACAGCAGUAAAGGGGUGAAGAUGCAAAAGAGAGGCGGCGGUGGAGGCUUUGGCUACCAGAAAUCUAAGAACGUCUACAAGGCCAAGAUCUUCAAACAUGUCAACAAAGGGAAGGGAGAUGGCAGACAGUUCUCACGCUGAGAAUAAGAUCUAUUUUUCUUGAUGCACCACUUCAGAUCUAUGUGGAAUAACAAUCAGACUACACAACUCUAAUGUUGUCUGCAUUCCAUGUCUAUAGAAAACUGUUUGCAAAGGCCAUUAUAUUGCUAUAUAAUAGUUUAUACUGAAAUUCUUGUCACUUGUCCAACUAAUAUUCAAAUAUGGAAACUUCAACUUUUUUGUAAAAGCUAGGGAUGAGCGAGCUGUUUGACGAUAUUGAAUUUAUUUCCAUUUAUGCAUUUGCUCUGAGAUUGUGAUUUUAACCUCAGUAAAAUGUUAAGUCUUGAUUGCUAACUGUGUUUUAUAAAAUUAACAGAAGGAUAUUUUAUACCAAGAUAUUUUCAGCCAUGAGAAAUGUCAUGAAAAUUGAGUGGGUUUGCAAACAAACUGUUGAACUGAUUUAUGGAAAUAAAUUGAACUUCUCAUUCUCUCUA